CCUACAAUGGUAGAACUGAGUUUUUAAUCCGCACAAUGUGAAUGUUAUGUCGGUCAACGAGUCAAUGGUACAUACGCCCAUUGAGGGCUUUGGAUUACAAGUUCAUCGUGACUAUUUGGCACUUACAGGGGAUGAGUUUGCAGGGGAUUUUGUGCUCAUAUUUUUGUCAAGUUCGUUGUGAUGAGAGUUUUGGAUUUUUCGGUAGAUUAUUUUCAAUUGUUGAGUGAUCGCUGGACUCCGGGAAGUUACAGACGUCUGGCAAUCGAUUAUCAUCCUGUGGGGAAAAAGAAUGAAGAUUAUCUGGAAGUUUUUACUUUGGCUGGUGAAGCAUACGAGGUCCUUUCAGACCCAUUGAAGCGAGCUAUCUACGACCAGUACGGUGAGGUGGGCUUGAAAAGCGGCCUACCAGGUCCACACGGACACAUUCCACCUUAUGUAUUUCAUGGCGACCCAAUGCAAACAUACAAUGAGUUUUUUGGGACUGAGUCUCCUUACGCCAAUUUACUGGACUUCCUGGAGGAUGAGGAGUUGUUGGAAAGGAUUACUGGAGGUGAAGGAGUCAACAGAAAAAAUGAUGACGUGCUGAUUCCAUUAGAAUUACAGUUAAUCGAGAUUUUUCGUGGAGCUCUGAAAAAAGUGAAAAUUGAAAGAUUAGUGUUUGCUGACUCCGAGAAGACAUUUACAAAAAUGGAAGAAAAAAUAUUCACCAUAACUGUGGAUCCCGGAUUGAAAACCGGUACAAAAAUAAUAUUCCCAGAGGAAGGAGAUAGAAGUCCAAAUACAAUUCCCGCGGAUAUCGUCUUCAUUACAACGGACACCGCCCACGAAACCUUCCAACGUGAAAACGACGAUCUCCUGAUGACCAAAGACGUCACCCUCAACGAAGCCCUUACUGGAACAGUAAUUAAAAUCGAUACCUUGGACGCCAGGACUCUGCGCAUCCCAAUAACGUCAAUCAUAACCAGGCCGAACUAUCGAAAAGUGGUUUCGGGAGAGGGACUUCCUAUGAUGCAUGAACCAAGUCAACGUGGAAAUCUUAUAAUAAGUUUUGUCAUCGAGUUUCCCAUGUAUUUGUCAGUGACGAGUAAAAAUUAUGUGAAAGAAGCUCUGGACGCAAAAAAACUUGAUAUUAUACCCGAUUGUAACUGACAUUGUUCAAUAAAUUAUUGUGCCCUGAUGGA